AUGCACGCUUGUGACGUCUUUGAAAUCCUUCAGGACUUCUCCUUGAUGCCACAUCUCCUAGAAAAGCGCAGUCAGAUGAUCCAGGAAUUGGGCUCUACCCCGCUUGUGGAUCCCAGCAGGGAUUGCGUCCGAUUCGGCUGCUUUUCCGCUGGAGAGCUUUUGCACGGCCCUGAUGGCUUCGGUGAGGGAGGCGGGAGGUAGAGUUCAACACUGGUCUCCACCUGAAGCAGGCGGUCGAUGGCUGAGUCGGAGAUGGCGAAGAUACGGUUGAAGUCGCCUCAGAAGUUCUCGGCCCAUCGCUGUAGAAUAUGUGUCCUUUCAGUAAGUCAUGCACAGCCGUCAGUGCUGAGGAGAGGUGCAGUGCCUAAGGUUGGCUGACUGUGGACAGCUUUGAUAGCGAUGAAGAAGUUCUUCUAAUCUUUGCGGUUCGCAUAUCCUUGGAUCUCCUCAGUCUUACGAGCCAUCCAGGUGUCCCGUAUCUCGCGCAGUCGCUGUUGUAGGAGACGACGGCUGUGGUAGAUAGCAGCUCCGUUUUCGUCGAUUUGGCGAGUUUCAGAUUCUUUGUGCAGGCGGUUCUUCUCGUCGAGCCUCUUGCUGAUGGCGGCGUCGUUGCCGUCGAAACUGCGUUAGUGUUGGCGGCGUUUUCGACCAAGUACGGCCGGCGUUGUCGAUUGGAUGGUGUCGGCAGUUAAUACCACUGGUGCUCCACGGAGGCAUUCCCGUCCGCGGCUUCAGCGUCGAGAACGGAACCCAGAAUCCUCUUCUGCUGAACCAUACUGUGCAUGGUUUCCCAUUCGGAUUUGGCGUCAUCAUUAAGAACACCCUGACAUCUGUCUGAGAAAAUGCCGACCGACAAUUUAACUAGGUUUCCCGUGACACUCAUUUACUAGUUAUAAUAAUGACGGCUGCAUUUAAUGCCGGCUUACAGGUAUUGUCGGGGAGCGCUAAACACAAAUCCGGCCAGCAGUGAAAAAACACCUGCCAAAAACAACAAUAAAAAUAAUGUUGAUGGUGGUUUUUUAUAGCUUGGAGGGUUCAGGAGAAAUAAACUGCUGUCCAUCAAAUACCGAUCGUGGAGAAAGGGAGGGGUAGCACUGCAUCCGAUAUUAUCAGUCGCCAACUAUUUUCACGAAGGUGGGGCUGAUCCAAAGAAAAGCGCCGAAGAACAGUUGUCGCUGAUGGCUAAAGAAUCUGUGCCUUGUGAGAUUGGCCAUAGAGAUCAGAGACAACAAAUGCCAUCGUUACGGUAUAGUUGAGCAGUGAAUUCAGCACCCGAAAUUUGUGGGAGUUUUUCUGAAUGCAAAAAUCGAGUAAUAUUUCUCUUACACGAAGCAUAAUUUUGUAGACAUUUCACCUUCUUGGGUAGUUUAUUCCAAAUAGCAAUUUCAUUUACACAGUUAAGAUCACUAGAUCACUUUUAGUCGUCUCUAUUUCAUCCAAUCCUAGUCAUUGUCUGGAAGGUUGAGGUCUUCAAGCAGAAUUACCUGUCUGAUAUGACAGAUUUACUUAUCCGCCAUGAUGAACGCAUCUUCCGUGUCCUUCAUUCAUCCUUGUGGUCUAUACUCGAGUGCGAUAUAGAGGUCCGGUUGGUUUGGUACUCUCAAGUUACAACUAAGGGUUCCUUGACCAGUGCUCCCUUUCGAUGACGACCCAUCUAUGACGUAAUUAACUUCAUCACAUAUGAAAAUCGCGAUUUCCCCACCCACGCAUCAAUUUCGAGCCCUGCGGGCAAACUUAAACCCAUCCAGCCUGACUUCUGUCCCUACUAACUGCUCAUUUAACCAUCUUUCACAUAUGGCUACGAGUGCUAGUGCUAGUUCUACAGUUGCGGAUGCGGCUGCUUCUUUCUUUGCCACGACCAUUGUUGCUAAUAACAUCGCGAAUCCACGAAUGAGAUAACCCUAAUCUACAAUCUACAGAUUGAAUUUGAAUGUUAAAUUAACAUAUGGACGUUUUAUGAAUGGCGUUUUUGGGAGGGAAUUUUGCGCUUAUCCUUAUUUUAUGGAAUCUUGUCCCAAACUUCAGGCUGAAAUUAGGUGAAAACUCCGUAAACAUUAAUUUACGCAAUGUCAUCAAUUCAUUUAUACGAAACAGAUUAUUGACCUAGGACAAUCUGAGCUAGGGUUUUACAGUACCUACCCAUUUAAUUUCGGCCACACGAUUUAGAUGAAAUAUAACUGGCGUUGAUACUGCGAAAGUACCAGACAAAAACUCCCUAUUCCAGAAUUCCACGAGGAAUCUUCGUGGUGCGCAUGUCUUUCGUGCUCCCCAAAAUUCAAGGAGAAGCUUGACAAGUUUCUUAGAAGUCACUGGUUCCUGACAAAUCCUGUGUUUUCGCCUGCGGCCAAUCUUAGAAAUCCAAAAGUAUACUGUUAGUUGAAAUCCUGUCCCUGAGGACGCAGCCUCUGCUAUUUCCCUUUUGCGGGUCACGUUUGAUUUCAACAUCUGUAGAUAAUUUUUUAGGCUUGAUGCUGAUUUAUAUUGCAGGCUAAAGAAUUGGGAACUGAAGUCAGAACUCGUAUCUAAUGCCCACAGACUGACAGGUCUAAAGCUAAUUUUAAUGGGCUGAAAUUCAGGUACACAAAAGGAAAGUGAGGCCUGUCAUAGUCACCAGUAGCGGUCGCCGGCGUAGCUGUAGCCUGGGCCGCUUUUUGUUUUGAUUAUAUCUGGAUAAGGAAAUGGAUGUGCAUAAAUGCUCUGUCAAUGUAAAGACGAUAUUUGACAUCUCAUAAGAGUGUUAAACUGUAAGACAUUGUUGCCUAUAUCCCUCCAUAUUAGUUCAACUGAAUUAGUUAACCCAGGCCUGGGUUAACCGGUUAACAUAGCCUGGGCUUACGAAAAUUCAAGCUCGGUCCGAGUCCAAGUUCCCCACAUCCUCUGAACUUGACUCGGAUUCUUAAAUUCUAAUUCUGUUUUUACUCAAGCGGGAGCCUUAUUUCCGGCAUAAGUGACCCUGCCGUUGCUCUCAUAUCCCCUUCCGUUUUGGUUUCUCUAAUAACAGUAAGUCUACUUUAGAAAGACUGUAGAACAUUAUUCACUGACCAAACAAAAGUCAUCAUUGAUUGACACUAUGAUAAAUAAGUGACCAAAAUGGCAUGUACAGGUGUGCAAAUGUACGCUGCUACCUCUACCUAGAGAGAGGCAACAGUGUUUUAUUACUGUAAAAAUAUGUACAGUUGCCGUUUUAUGACUGUUUGGAAGGGUCGGCCGCCCAAUAGUCUAUCUGUUCGUUUCUGUCCUUUAAAGUGUUACAGGAAAACAGUAUGCAAGGCUAAAAAUGCAGUUGUAGUUCAAUAUAAAGUUGAUAGGCUAAAGUGAACGGCAAAAAAUUUAAAUAUUUAUAUGCACAGUACGCAUGCUAACUAACCAUCAUGGUUAUCUCCAAUGCCAGCCUUUUGGCGGCGGUUUCGUAGUCGAUCGUAUGCUUUCUUAAAGUCAUUUUUGGGGCCUUCACAAGCUGUUGACAGCCAUACCUCUGAUCGACGUUCCGCUUCUUCAAAAUGUCUGCGUAAAAUGUUGUAAAUGAACAAAGUAGGCUCGUCUUACCAGGAUGACACAAUGAGUCUAACUCACAUAGGGCGCGUAUUCCGUGUUGCCUGCCGUAAAGAGUUAGAUGACAGGUAAUCUCAUCUCUGAAUAGGGCGCGGAAAAUGCGGUCAGCGAAAGCCGUAAUCCGGUUUUUUCUGAACGUUGACAAGUGCGAGAUCUGGCGGACUAGUCGUUAUGUCACUAGUUACUUGCCACCUGUUUCCUGUAUGCACUAUUUAACAGUACACAGGUAAACCCGCCAUGACCCUUUAGGGCGACCAUGUGUUUGGACACGAACCCAAUAGGCAGGGGCUCAAAGGUCGCGCAGUCUGUCAGCACAUCGAGCUUCUACCUCAUAAUCUCAUCCGGAAAUUCAGAUCAUGGAAGAUUCGCAUGUGCUGAUGCUGACACUGUAGCAGUCAUUUGAUGCACGCCUUAGCAGACGUGUUUUUUCGGGAGGCCCUAUGACUAUGCUGCUAUUUACGACGCCAGUGACUACUGUCUACGAAGAAAAUCUUAAUUUGAUAAGUGCUUACCAACACUUGUUGGAAAUUCCGCCAGGCAGUGUUCUACUGAAGUCGCAUUCACUGGCUGCGGUCCUGGAAAUGAAGGAAAUUAAGCUCGAAGUGUCACUUGUAAUAGUGAAGUCGCGACUUUUGUCCCACCACCCACCGUUGUCACCUGAGAGGACAAAAUCAAGACGCCUGGAUACGAGUGUGAACGCAGCGACUGAUAUAGCCAAACAGCCCGCCUACGCGUGCAACAUACGACCUGGUCCCUAGACUCUACGAAACAGACUCCAGAUAAGAGUGCGAUCUCGGUUCUCACGUACCGGAGUGUCAUAAAGGCGCUAACGGAAGAGAACUCUUUCAAAAUAAGCCUUAGCUUGGGCUGGGCCGUAUUGUCUUGUCACUUGACCACCUCAAAAGCCAGGACUGCUAGUUUGUUAGUUUAUUUGUCCACCACAAAGAAACUGUACAUCUUUUGCCUCAUUAAGGUUGUCGGCAGUCCGUUGGUGAGAUUGAGUACAGUGGUCGACAUGGAGUGAGCUACUUUCCAACGGACGUAGUUUACAUAUGGGGUAAAGAUUAAGGACUUGUGCAGACAGCGAAUCCCAACUAUCACAUUUAACGAGCCGACGCGACUUUCUCUUGAUAGAGCUGCGCAUCGGUGCGGCCUAUUUGAGAAUCGUAUGAUAAUGUGAGACUUUUCGAUAUGAAUACAUGGGUACAUUGUCACGUAGAGUCGCGUCUGACUCUUAUCGAACGCACCAACAGCGUACACCGGCAGCUACAAAUCCGUUUAGUGUAGUCACGAGCUGCUAAGCCCAACGCCUCGAGCCAUUGCCGGCCUCAGCUGAUUUGGGAAAUUCGAUCAAUUUUUUAAUUAUAACUCAAAAAAUAGAAGGAAUUAGACUAACGCGGUCCAUUUAUCUAUUCCAUGGUCAGUCCCUAGUGUAAUCUUGACGGAUUCACUAGCACUGUGAACCCUCACUGCCUUCACCGUAUGCUACCUUAUUUCUUCCGUCCUUUCACGUUUUUUGUCUUGUUGAGAGUGCGUUUGCCAUUAUCGGAUGAAAUUGAUGCAGUCUAAAAUUCGAAAUGUUAUUGUGAGAAAACCUGGAUCUUCUAUUGGUGGUUGUUCAGCCGUUCUUAAUUGACAGUCCAUUCCGUUUGCGUAUUAGACCCAGUAAUGUCAUUUUGGCAUUCAGGCAUUCUACGACGUUGUAGUCAGAAUGGCCACAAUCACGCGAAUGAGAUUCCACGAACAAAGUAGAACGAAAAAAAAUCAGAAUGGAUGAGUAGCCUGGAAUCGCGCUUUGUUCAUUCUGCAAUUUAGGCAUCGGCACUAAAACAAGACAAAACAGUACCUACUGAUUUAGGAUUUGGUCAAGCAUCGAAUGACAUUUUCGAAAGUUUGAUUAGGACAGACAAAUGCAAAUGCAAAACGAGAAUAUUCAUAAAUAACCAUCAGCAUGCUGGUUAGGCUAGUGUUGACCAUGAAUGCCCAUGAAUAUUUUAAUGCGAGAUUUAUGGACUUUCCAGUUAUUUGGGAGUACUACUUUGGAAGAAAUGUAAUUUUGAACUACCAGUGUCCGUCAGGGCCUUAGAACUAUCCUCUUUUAUCUGUAGUUCAAUCACAGUAUUUGAAAGGCAAUCGGAAAUAGUAGUCGAUGCUACGACGGAAGUAGUCGGAUAUGAGGAGAGAGUGAAGGUCUUUCGGUUUCGGGAUUGUCUCGGUUUUGGAUUGUCUCUUUUUAUCGCGUCCUUUGCAUAACGCGUCGCGUUCGGUACAUUUCAAGCGAGAAUGCUUGUCUUAUCCAUAAAAGAAACAGUCGUCUUGGGACAAAAUGGAGGCCACUACGUCAGGUGCUCUAACAGGACCGGAUUUGAUUUCGCAGAUCUCCGUAGCGGCAAAUCAUCAGGCCGUGGGGGGAGGGGGGUUCUGACAAAAUAGAGAUAGUUCUCCUGCUAAAUCUGGUGAUAUUGCCUGAUCAAAAGCAUCCUGGAAGUUUAAAGCCUUCAGCCCAGAUAAUCUCUUUUAGAUCAGGUCUGAUGACAGUUCACAAACGAACUCAUCUCUGAUGGCAUCGUCACGACUUCCUUCUGCCGUAGCACCUUUGAAACCGCAAGUCUUUCUUAAGGACUUCAGCUUUUGAGCAGAAUGGUCUAGGGUUUGUCCACCUCCUCGUCUGCAGGUCGCCGGAAGAUGUCGAGCGAAGAUUUUGUUUUUGGUCGCGAGUAGAGGUCUCGCAGUACUUUAGCCUCUUAACUGAAGCAUUUACUAAUACAUUUUCAGACUCACAUAAACUUAGCCAGAAUGCUCAAUUUGUUCGUUUGCGGGCCUUUCAUUGCGGAUAUGAAGCUUUCAAACGUGCAAAACCAGUGGUUCCAUUGUUUGGAAGCGCCAGAAGCAUUCGGAUCGAUAGAAGAUCGUUUAUGAGCUGUAAGAGAAAAAAAUUGUCAUAAUCAGAACGGCCGAAAUCACGCGAAUGAAUUGGCACGAAUAAAAUAGAAUAAAAGAAUCAGAAUGAACGAGUACUCUAGAAUUGGGCUUUAUUUAUCUUACAAUUGACACAUCGAAAAUAAAAUGAGAAAUGGAACAGUAGCUAAUGAGAUAGAAUCUGGUCGGGACAGUACCUUAGCAUUGAAGACGUAUUUAAUGUCUUUGUUACAUUUUAUGCAAUUUGUUUAUUUGAUGUUUAUUAUUUACGUUUUUAAAGUUGCCUUUGCCUGGCACCGUUACAUCUUCUGUUUUCGCUUAGCAUUUUGUUCUUGGGAGCAAUUUUGUCCGAUAAAAAGUUUAAAGAAAGCAAAACCUUCGAAAGGGCAGCCUUGAUGGCGUCUUUAGCUACUACCUCUUUUGCAUUUUUCAUCUCAUCUCCAGCCGUAGCUAUUUUUUCGAGUUUUCCGCACAUUUUGCGUUUUCGUCCACUAGAUUUUAGUUUUUGGCCCCAUGCGAUCAGCCUGCAUUGUAUAUUUCUCCAUGGAUUUAGGUCUUUCAUGAAUUUCAGCACCUGUACAGUGUGCUGAUCACCUCGCCCGCAGAUCUUGCUUCGGAUUUUCCAUCGCUUCUUAAAGGGGCACAAAGUUCAAGAUACUCCUUUCGCUGUGAUAUACUGACGCACAGUACAAAUUAUUCUAACGUGCCUUGCUUACCUACAUGUUGCACUCUAGACUCCAAAUAG